GUGACAGAGGCUAACCUCAGAGCUGCACCGAUUAUUGUUGGUGCUAGUCCUUAUUGCAUCUAUAUUAUCACGAAUUAACACGCGAACAGAGAAAUAGACAGAUAUAUUCCAACACUCUGGGUUUUUUUCUUUAAAUGUGAGGCUUCGGCAGCAGCUGAUGAAGCUAUGAACUCUCUGGUUGGUUACGGGCUGUCCUCUGAUUCCGACAGCGACGCAUCGGGCUCUGUAAAAGAUGAUGAGCCGGACGUCGAAGAAGGAGCAACUGUUAAAAGGACCCGCAACUUUUUGCUGGAGUCUGGUUCCGCUUCCAGCGGUUCAGAGGAAGAGGACCCAGAGCGCUCUUCGCCACCUCCUCCACAUCCACCUGCAUAUCCACCUGCAUCUGUACGCCAGCGCCCCCUUCCCACACCUCCUCCCCCCAACCCCAACAGAUUGCCCUCUCCCCCUCUGAACGCGUGCGCGGACAGCAGCGUGUUCUCCAACCCGUUCAGGGCCCAGGCGGAGCAGAAACUCAGUGCCCUGCAGAAGCAUGUCCCCCUCACCAUGCAGGCCAAACCCUCCCACAUCGGCGGGAAGAGAAUGUGCGUGUCCUACAGGAAGGACGGGAGGUGCAGGUUCGGGAUCAAAUGCAAGUUUGCACAUGACAGCGACCUGCAGACCACAGCUGCUCCGAGCGACUGUCACCCAUCUGUGAACGAGGAGGCGGCGGCACAAGCCGAGGAGGAAGCCCGGAGUCAGGAGACGAAGGAGGAGCAGUCAGAGGGGCAGCAGGGGAAGAAAAGGAGGGUCGGACUGAGUAACACCUUGAUCCCUCCUAAAAGAGCUAUGAAACAGUACACUAUGCAGAGGGAGAGGGAGCAAAUAAACAUGUCCAGGUAGAUGUAGCUGAAAGACAGAGUCAAAGAAUGAAUGCAAAGCUGUAGAAACUGAAUAGUCUUAUUUCUACUAAUAAAUCACAACUACUGCCACUUGCUCAACACACUCCUCUGACCACUAAAUCUUCACAGAGUAAAAAAAGACAUGGUCUCAAAAUCAUUCAACAAAUACAAAGUGAAUUCGUGUUAAGAAGUUUAUUUAAAUCCUAUAAAUGGACAAUAAUUUGUAUUUUGUUGCUCUAGCACACAUCCUAUGUGAGAUAAGAGGUGCCGCCACAUUGUGAGGUUUCUACAUAGCUCUGCUUAUCAAAUUACAGCACACUU